AUGGUGGUGCGCAUCGGCGAGGGUCCGGAGGGUGCGAGGAGGGGCGUGGCCGUGGAGCCGCCCGCCAAUGUAGCGGCGCCGGCCGCGAACGCCGCGGAGUCCGUCGAGGAGCAGGCCCUGGAGCACGCCACGGCCGUAGAGGCCGCCGCGGCGGGCACCCCCGUGCCGAGAGGGGACGAGGCGGAGCUCGCCGCGGAGCCGCCCGCCACGGGCGCAGUCGCCCUGGCAGUGCAGCACACUGUGGAGACGCUCGCGCUGGCCGUGGCAUUGUCAUGGCCACGAAGUUCGUCGCGGAACUGGCCCUGGAGCGCGCCCUCGCCGUGGAGCUCACAGAGCUCCUUCGCUGGGCCGCCAGUCAUUGCCAUGGAUCAGGUCGCGGGCCUGGCCGUGGAAUUCGAAGCGGUCACGGGCCUGGCCGCGGAUUUUAGAGUGGAGCUGCCCUCCACGGGCUCGUCGUCUUGCAACUCCGUCAUGGAGCUGGAGACCGUCGCCACCGAGCUGGAGCUCGUCGUCGUGGAGCUGCCCAUCAUAAAGCUGGAGUUCUUUGAGGGCCUGGUCCUGGAGCUGCCCGUCAUGGGGCUGUCGUGGACCUGGCCGUGGAGCUCGGCGCAGCCGUCGGCGGCGUUCGCGUACCUCCUCGCCUCCCUGACCGACGUAUCGGCCUCGCGUUCGGACCUGUGGAAGGGCGGCCUCGUUUUCGGAUGUGCGGAGGGUCGGGACGCCCAUGCUGGCGCGCGCGGCCCAGAGCGCAGCGGGAGGCUCGACGCGGCCGACGGUGGCGGCGGGGCGCUGGCCAGCCGUAGCCGCCCGAGCCAGACGCACGCCCUGCGAGCCACGGGCCUGCCUGGCCCAAGGGCCGCUGGACGCGGCUUGGCUCACAAGGCUCGGCCGGCUCGGGCGGCAGGGGGCGGCCUGGCCGCGAUGCCCUUGGUGGCCUCGGGCGCCAGGGGCCGCGUCGCGUUGGACGCGCAAUCUAGCGCGCAGGCCAUCGACGACCAGUGGCGCAAUUUCUCCCGGCAGGUGCCUCUUCAGAUUGCGGCGAGCUGGCGCGCCGAGCUCCGCGCGCCCGGGGCGGCGGAUCGGGCAAUGGUCGGCAGCGUCGGGCGGGGCGCGGCAGACCUGCGUUACGCCCGUAGCGCGGAGACGCACGCGCCGCGCAUUGACUUGCAUAUCUCAAACGCGCCCGCCCCAAUGAUGGCGCGCGCUACGCGGGGCCCAUUGGGCGUGGGGCGCAAGACGGGCCAUGCGAUCGAGAUAGAGGACUUGCCGGCCAGGUUGGGGCCGCGCGGCUUUGUCGCCCUGGCCGCUCAGCUGGCGGUGCUGGUGGCGGGGCGGCUGGCGCUGGUGGCGGCCGCCGCGCUGCCCGCCGAGACCAACCCGCACGUCGGCGCGCCCUCGCUCGAGAAGGGGGGGGUGGCGUCCGGAGGGGAGGCCAAUCCGCUGCAUUUCCUCAGCGCCUUCCUGCUCUUCAUCCUGCUCGCGCUGGCAGAGAUGACCGACGCGGCGCUGCAGCUGCGCCUCAUGCAGCGGGGCGAUGCGCCUCUCAGCAGGAGGCAGCGGCUGCUGGUGUAUUGGAACAACACGUUCAGCUUAGGCGGCCUGGCGCUCUUCGCCGGCUGGCUGUUCACGGGGCUGUCCAUCCUGGAUCGCGGGGGCCAAGGCGGAGCGGACCUGGGCUGCUGGCUCCUGGCAGGUCUUCUGGGCAUAGACCAGCGGCUCGUUGCCUCCGCUGGCCGCGCCUUCGCUGGUCCAGGCGUCGGCGCCGCGGCUGGCCAUGGCCGGCAGCGGCUCCUGCAGGGCAUCGGCGCGCAGUGCUCCCGGCGGGCGGGGGCCCCGGAGCCUCCACUCCCAAUGGGCGAUGGCGAAGGCGAAGAGGGCGGCCCCUCCUGGGACCAGAAGCUGGCGGCCGACUGGGAGGCUCUCAGGUUCGCCCCGCAGGACUACCGCGCCAACAGGGAGGUGGUGCUCGCCCUGGUCCGGCGCAGCGGCCACGCCCUCCAGUUCGCCUCGGAGGAGCUCCGCGGAGACGAGGAGGUAGUGCUGGAGGCUGCCAAGCACAGCUUCGGCGACGCGCUGCAGUACGCGCCGAUCGCCAUGCGCAAGGACCCUCGGUUCAUGCUGGAUGUCCUGAAGCACUGCCCUCACGCGCUGGGCUACGCCUUCGGCCGGGACAGGAACGACGAGGGCGCUGUGCUGCAGGAGCUGGACGGCCGGGGCUACUUCUGCGGCCGGCGCGCGGACCCCGAGGGCCUGCCCUUCCGGGGCGGGCAGUGCGACCCGGAGCUCGGGGAGCAGUGCCCGGCCUGCGGCCGCUUCCAGGGCGGGGGCAACGUGAUCCUGCUGCAGGACCGCAACUUCAUGCUGCAGGCCGUCGGCGUGCAGUGGAUGGCCCUGAGGAGCGCCGAGCCCAAGAUCAAGAGGGACCGCGAGGUGGUGCAGAGGGCGGUGCGCAGCGGCGGUCUCGCGCUGUUCCUCGCCGAGGAGGGGCUGCACCACGACAGGGAGCUGGCGCUCGAGGCCGUGCGGCGGGACUGGCGGGCCUUCGGGCGCCUCAGCGAGAGGCUGCGCUCCGACCCCGAGCUGGCCGAGGAGGCCGUCCGCCAGAACUGGAAGGCGAGUGCGCAGCUGGCGCCCGGGCUCCGGGAGGACGCCAAGCUGGCCGAGGAGGUUGUACGGCAGUGCGCCAUGGCAUUCGCGUCGCUGCCAGCGAAGCUCCGCGGCGUGCGGGAGCUCGCCCUGGCGGCCGUGGGCUCCGACUGGCGGGCGUACGAACACGCCCUCGAGGAGCUGCGCGGGGACCGCGAGAUCGCGCUGCGGGCCGUGCGGCAGCACGGCCUGGCCCUGGAACUGACUGCGGCGAGCUUGAGAUCGGACAGGGACCUCGUCUUCGAGGCCGUGCGGCAAGACUGGCGGUCGCUCAGGCACGCGUCGUUGGAGCUGCGCGGCGACCGCGAGCUGCUGGCCGAGGCCCUGCGGCAGAGCGGAGCCGCGCUGCGCCACGCCGACGAGGCCCUGAAGAGCGACCCGGACUUCGUGGCCAUGGCCAUGGCGGCGCAGUGGAGCACGCUAGGCGUGGCCGUGCAGCCGCAGCACCCGGAGCACGACGGCCUCUCGCACGAGUUCUGGCUGGACGCGGCGGAGCGGUUCCCGGGCCGCGGCACGCGCCCCCGCGCGGCGAGGGCGGCGGCCGGGUGA